AUGCCCCAUUUCUACACCUACCAAACCCCCAAUCCCUCGGCUGUCAACACUCAAGGCUCAGCUGGCUACUGGGAAAACCCGGCAGAUUGGCCUCGAACAUAUCUCUACGUCUCUAACCAAGGAGGUGCACAGGGCAUUCAUCCACCUGCUCCAGUCUACCAGUCGAACCAACCCUCUCAGCCUGCCAUGUACUAUUUUCAAGGAAGCACGAGUGCCCCAGCUGGCUACUACGUGAAUGGCCUCUACUACGGAAUGAGCCCUCCUUCUGCCCCAACCGGUUGGCCUUACACCUCCUCUGCAUACACUUGCUACAAUUUGCCUGCUGCUUCUGCACCGAGCACCCCGUAUUAUCCGUACAGCUACUCACCAUACUAUACAGCCCCAAAUCCGAUUCAAUUUCCUAUGACUGCGCCAUGGUCUCAACCUCCGGGUCCGGCACAAGCCGCCGCUGCGGUCGCCGCCAAUGCUGCUCUUGCUGCGAUGCCAAACGCACCAGCCUACUUCGUCGGAGCCACUGCUGCGGAGAUUCAAGCCCAGAACGCCAUAUUGCUGGCCAACUUGCAAGCUGCCCAACAGCAACCCACCCAACUGGCACCGUACAAACCUGGAGCAAGCCCGCAAUUCUGGUGCAAGGAACUUGAUGGAAGUUGGACCUUGAGGGAGUACAACGACGCCUUGAAGGGUGAUUUUCCGGCUGGGCAUUGGGAAAAGCAUGUAACCAGCGGGUAUUACUACUAUGUUCGACACACUGGUUGA